AACUUCCGAAAAUGGCGGCCCCCGUAUGACAAAUGUAAACAAAGAUAGAAACUCGUAAUCUAGUUUAUCCAUAACUUUACUUUAACUUGAAAAUAGAUAUACCCUGCCUAGCUGUAUUCUGGCUAUUCAUAGAGAAACUGAUGAAAUACACUUCCAUUAAGAGAGACUAUACUUGAACUGUUGUUAAUUCUCACAAAGCCAGUUGCAACCUCCUCUGAUCUGUGUUUGUUAGUAAGAGUGAGUAAGUAUUAUCAUUAUCAUUAUGAAUAUACUAAUUACUAUUUAAAAUUUAACUACACUACACUUGGCUUGGUUAGUAAGUUAGUUUAGUAUUAUUUAAGUUAAUUAGUCUGUAAAUAAUUAAUUAACUAUACAAUUCAGUACAAUAAUUGUAAAUUAAAAAAUCACUAAAGUGUCUAAAGUUUACUCACUCAAUCAAUGACAGCCUAUGGCCUAUGGCCUAUGGUCAUGGUGACUAAAGUGAGUGUAGGCUAGGGUGACGAAAUCAUGAACUGGAAAAAGGGACACACCCAAGCUCAAGGAGGGUUUGGGGAAGAUACCCUCCAGUUAAAGAGGGGUCCGGGGGCCUCCGUCGGAAACUGUUUAUUGAAAUAAUUAAUAUGCUCAUUUUAACUAUUUUGAGACCUAGAAAUUUUUUAAAAUUUACCUUCACUUUUGUUAUUUAUUUUAAACUCUGAGGCAUAUCAUAAGCCAAAACAAUAACAAUAAUUUUUCAGUGAAUAAUUAGGUACUUUGUUAAAGCAAGGGAGACUAUUAAAAAAUUUGAAUGGGAAAUCGGCUCCGGCGCGCGAAAAUCCAAGUCUUUAAUUUUUUUGAUGUUGGUACUAUUUCAUUCAUAAAAUAAUUACUAUAUCCCACAAUUGUAUUCCAUUUCCGGCCUUUCGCUUUAGAGGACAUCUUGGCCUUCAUUUUAAUUGAUUUCUUUUUCAUUUACUAUCAGUAAACUUUGAGAAAAUCCAUGGUGAAUAUAAGGCAACUUUCAUCAUUAAAAUUAAGUCGAAGUAAAAGAUAUGGCACUGGCAAAUUUUUUAUGCAUAUUUGGCAUGUAUUGAUCUGCAUGUAUUCCAAUUUCACAGCGCUUUGUGUUAUACGAGAGACGCCAUGUUUCUAAGGGUUCGCAGCAUGUCAUGCAGUUCGCUUAUCCCAAUUUGGAUGGAUGUGACCACGCCCCAUUUUUAAUGGCGGAAGAUGCUGAUACUUCAAGUGCAUAAUUUCCUCAUCACCACCAGUAACAGAAACAUUGCAAAUCCCAUCUACAUGCAUAGGAGCCAAAAUGAUCAAUAAAUUGAUCGUGGGCCCUUAAGAUAUAGAAGAAGAAGAAGAAAUAUUAAAUUAUUACCACUUUUUACAUCAAAAUAUUUGAUAACUUGUGUUCAGAAUGCAUUUUGAAGACAUUUUAACCGGAAUGUUUUAAUUUGAGCUUUAAAAACCCUGUAGAGUCCAUAUUAUAAAUGAAUUAUAAAAUUUCCAUAUGCAAAACAUUGUCACUGGCAACCAUUCACAGCCACUUGCUUAAUGGCUUUAUCGUAGCAUUACCCGAGUUUCAUUCAUAAGAUUUUGCCGUGUGGAAAAACUAUUAAACCAGUGGUCAGGGAAAGCUUUAAUUAAUUAUUCAUAUGCCAAAGUUGAAAGUUUAAAAUAAGUGGAUCCUAAAUACUAUUAUAGCAAUAAGAUGAUGCGUCGCCUUAUAUAAACUAUAUAGUCAUUGCGCAUAAUGCGAUCAGCAGUUACGUCUUUUUCACCCUGCAGCUUCAGUCUCAUGUAUUUUGCUAUACAUUUAAGAUCUAUGACAGGGACACUGUUUACGCAGCUUUGGCAGAGUGGUGGAGGGGGAACAGUGCAGCCAUCACACGAGCCCACAUCACUACUGGCACUGGCUACACAGCUAGCCAAAAUAUUACUUGAAGUUAUAUUAUAAAUUAGGAAGUUUUAGUGAUUUAAAAAUCUGUUUAGUUUUAGAAAGGGGACAUUUAGGCGUCCUAAGAGACUUUUUCGGGACACCGGGUACGAUCGUGAAAAAACGAGACAAUCCCGUUUUUAUGGGACGUUUGGUCACCCUAGUGUAGGCUAACUAAAUGUAAGUUUAAGCCUAAAGUUGAAGCUUAAUUAAAUAGUAUUUAUUAAUUUUAAUAAAGUCUAAAGUUAGCCUACACAACACAUUUAUAAUAAAACUUAGUAAUUAAUUAGGGUGCUGGGUGGCUCAGUCCAUCCUGCAGGAGAUGGGACUCCAUUGACACAAUGAAACAUUCCGACAACUCGUGGUGCCAAGCUGUAUCAAAAUUCAUCCACAUGAUGUAAUGUUCCUUGGGUUAUCCAGCAGCAUGGAGAGAGGGGAUUUGCUGAGUAGGGAACCAGCUUAUAAUCCUAAAAAGUUUCAUCCCAGACCUUGUGGAUUUCCUCCUGCGAAGUCUACACCAUUGUCACAUUGUUAGGGACCAGAGGGAUGCCAGCAAAAAAAAAAAUUAAUUAAAUUAAUAAAUAACUACUUUAGGCAUAGGACCCUUUCUAUAGACAGGAGUUAUUUUAUAUAUUCAUGUUGUGAUUAAAAUUGUAUUAUUUUCCUUGAUUUUGCCUACUCUCUCACAUAAAAAAAAAGAAAUUGUAAAGAAUACACAUCAUGCAUAAGCAAAGACUUUAAAGUCGUGUCAGUUAACGUUUGAUUUAUUGGCAGUUAUUAGAAUGUUUUCUCUGUAUUGGCAUAGACAUAAGGUAGAAGAACUAGCAUAAUGUUAGGCAAAAUCUAGUGACCAUGAUUAACGCAAUGUUAAAAAUCAGGCACUUUAUUAAACUUUAUUCAAGAAAGUGUCCAUAGGCAGCUGUUUCAUUCCAGCUGCCACCAUAACGGUGCAGGUAGAAACUCACAAUCCUUUGUUGCCUGUAAAGGAAGGCUGUCUACUUUGCCCUGUGGAAAGAAUCAGGUUAAAGUUAAGAUAUGUAGCGACCAUUAGAGCUAGUCUUAAGCAGUUCAUGCUAACGUCUUGGUUAUUUUUUCCUAUGCAAGCCAAUUUGUUGCCUGGCCCAAUUAGAUUUUGUAGAUGCACCCAGUGCCUUGUGGUGGAGUGGGCUGCAGAAAAAACCAUGCAAUGCUUAUAAUGAUACAUCUGCUGUGCAUUUUCUUUAUAUAAUAAGUUUGGUCGAAGACUAGAAAUGAGAUAAGACUAUGCCUCAUGUUAAUUCAAUAAUUUACAACUGCAGUUCAUAGUAAUACAUUUUGAAAUGUCAAAAUUCAUGAGGGUAGUAGGCAAUAAUAACUUUAUUCCAUGAAUGAUAAAAUGCUAUAGCAUAAAAUUAAUAUUGCAUUGCUUUGACUGUGCUCACUAAUGUAUGCUUAAUUUUGGAUUUAUUUUUAGACUGUUCAAAUGAUUGAUAAUAAUAAUAGCUUUUUUAAAAAAUAUAUAUUUGAAGUUGUUUGCACCAAUUACAUGUUCGUAACUUAACAAGUAUUUUUAUCUUGUGUUACUUUUUAAAAUUGUUCCACUUAAUUAUUUAUUUGUUUGUCAAUAAGGAAUGUCUCAUCACACCUCAACUUGUUCUUUUUUUUAAAUCAGAAAAAGUGAUACACCAAAAUGGCUGCCCCAAGAGGCAGAGGGAUCAACACAGGGCUUACUUUGCUUGCAACUCAGAUGAUGCACUUUGGAGUAAAGAAAAUUCCACCUGUUACACUUGCUCUUAUAGCAGGGCAGACGGCGGUAUACCUUGAACUUUUUGAUAACAUAUUUCCUUCUCCCAUGAGUGUUUGCAUGAGCUCCUAUUUAGGUUUGUAUAAUUAAGAAUUCUUGUACAAACAAUGAGAGUGUUGAUGCUGUAUCACAACAAACUUAUGAGAGCCUUGAGAGGGCUUUUGAUAUUGCUGGUUGUGGGGACCACCAUCAUCAUCGCCUGUCGUUGGGAUAGAUAGAUGGAAAGGGAUUAUUGUUGAAGUUUUAGACUAAAUAAUUAGAUUCACACACAGCCUAAAAAUCUAUGCCUUGCUAAAGUGCUGAAAAUAUGUCAAUAUAAACUCUUAGUUUGUGAGGGCAAAAUGUUGGUCUGUUUUGUCCUCUGUAAGAACAUUUAUACAAAAUUAUUUUAAAAAGUAAAAAAAUUAUUUGUUAGAUUUUUACAUAACUUACUGGCAUGAUUGGUGUUAAAUUGUUGCAAUAAUUAAGUUAAUUAAUUUAAAAAUAACUAUUUAAUAACUUUUGUAAAUAUCAGUGCAAAAUUUAAAAUUGGAAUGAUAUACCUUAUAAUCAAUUGUUAGGAUUUCAAAUAUUAAAACAAGUUGUUGAAUUUUAAUUCUCCCUUGCAUAAAAAAACUUUUUUUUUGUAAAAUGUAUCCUAUUUGAACUUUUUCAUUGGACUUGAUGUCCCUGUCUUUAUAUCCUGUUUAACAAGUAUUUUGAAAUAAAUUUGAUAACUAAACAAGAUGUAUUCCUUAAGGUUACAUUGAAUUCAAAGGAACAUUUUUUAAUAAUCUAUUUUUACUUUUUUUUCCUAAUUAUUUUUUCUCCAAGGUUUUUAUAUAUAUAUAUCCUCUAAAAUAAAAAGAAGUAUGCACCAUUCUCGUUAAGAAUUUGUUAUAAGGAUUUUUCCAGUGUUUGUCACCAUAUUACUCUCUUGCAGUUUACCAUCACAGGGACUGGAUGAGGAUGAUCAAAGGAACAUUCUAUCACGGUGAUGACAUGCAUCUUUAUUUCAACAUGGCCAGUCUCAUGUACAAGGGUUCAUUGAUAGAGACAGCUUAUGGCAGUAGCUAUUUUGCAUACAUGAUAGCUGUUUUCACUGGCCUGACCAGCGCCACCUAUGUAGGACUAGGACUUCUUCUCGGACAUUAUUUGCAGGAUCCCAGUUAUAUAACAUCCUGUGCUGUUGGUUUUUCAGGUGUGGGAAUAGACUUUGGCACAAAAAAUAAACAGUUAGCAAUAUUUCAAAAUACUUAUUGAAAAUAAAAUGUAAGACUGAAAAUAAUAAUUUUAAAAAUCUGUACCGGUAUUAAUUUUUUGCUUUCAUGCUUUCGUUUUUUUUUAUGUUGAUAUUUUAAAGUGAUCUUAAGACUAUUUAAAAAUUAUUUUUUUGCUUCUAUAGAUUUUGAUGCGUGUUAUAUUGUACUAAAUUAAAUGUAGGAAACAAUUUUUAGUCAUGCCUUCAAUAUAAUGAUCCUUAUUGAGGAAAAGCUAAUUCUAAAAAUUCUUUUACAGGCGUUUUGUUUGCUUUGAAAGUUAUAGUAACGGAGGCAAGUCCACCAGGAGUGCAAUACCUUUUAGGCAGUAUUCCCAUCCCUUCCAAAUAUUUCUAUUGGGUUGAACUCAUAGCCAUUCAAUUGGUGGCUCCUAAUGCUUCCUUUGUCGGUGAGAUAUCCUUAAAAUUUGAUUGAAACUCCUUUACAUGCCUCAAAUAGUGAGUUUUUUUUUUUCUGUUGUAGUGCAGACUUUUUCCCACCAACUUAGAAUGCUAUAAUUUAAAAAAAUUAUAUGUAUAUUUUUUUCUUGUAUGACACUUGAAAAAUGAUAGCACAAAAUAUCUGAUUCAGAAUUUUUGAUUUGGCUAGCUUAUGUGAGAACUGUCUCUCCGCACAGAACAUCUGAUUCAGAAUUUUUGAUUUGACUAGCUUAUCUGAGAACUGUCUCUCCGCACAAAACAUCUGAUUCAGAAUUUUUGAUUUGGCUAGCUUAUCUAAGAACUGUCUCUCGGCACAAAACAUCUGAUUCAGAAUUUUUGAUUUGGCUAGCUUAUCUGAGAACUGUCUCUCCGCACAAAACAUCUGAUUCAGAAUUUUUGAUUUGGCUAGGUUAUCUGAGAACUGUCUCUCCGCACAAAACAUCUGAUUCAGAAUUUUUGAUUUGGCUAGCUUAUCUGAGAAAUGUCUCUCCGCACAAAACAUCUGAUUCAGAAUUUUUGAUUUGACUAGCUUAUCUGAGAACUGUCUCUCGGCACAAAACAUCUGAUUCAGAAUUUUUGAUUUGGCUAGCUUAUCUGAGAACUGUCUCUCGGCACAAAACAUCUGAUUCAGAAUUUUUGAUUUGGCUAGCUUAUCUGAGAACUGUCUCUCGGCACAAAACAUCUGAUUCAGAAUUUUUGAUUUGGCUAGCUUAUCUGAGAACUGUCUCUCGGCACAAAACAUCUGAUUCAGAAUUUUUGAUUUGGCUAGCUUAUCUGAGAACUGUCUCUCGGCACAAAACAUCUGAUUCAGAAUUUUUGAUUUGGCUAGCUUAUCUGAGAACUGUCUCUCCGCACAAUAUAUCUGAUUCAGAAUUUUUGAUUUGGCUAGCUUAUCUGAGAACUGUCUCUCCGCACAAUAUAUCUGAUUCAGAAUUUUUGAUUUGGCUAGCUUAACUGAGAACUGUCUCUCCGCACAAUAUAUCUGAUUCAGAAUUUUUGAUUAGGCUAGCUUAACUGAGAACUGUCUCUCUGACUUUUUGUUUGUUGUAGCAUAAAAUAUUUGCUCAAAGAACAGUUAGCCAAAUUAUAUAGGCUGACUUUUUUUUUAAAAUUUGUUAAUUUCCUGCAUUAAAAUAUAUCUUUUACAUGUAAACUGAUUAACAUUCAGCAAAAGGAAGGAAAUACAACCUUUCAAAGAAGAAAAAAUCAAAUCAAAUUUGAUUAUCAAGAAAAUUUCUAGUCUUAUUCCAAUUAGGUUUAAAUUUAUAUCCUUGUAUAUGACAUUACAGCAGUGGAUUUGUAAAAAAAAAUGUGUUGCAGUUUUAUUAUCUACAUUUCAUUAUUUCAGGACAUCUUGCUGGUAUUCUUGUUGGCUUGGCCUAUUGUAAAGGACCUCUCAAAUUUAUCAUGGAUAUUUUCCACCCACCUGGUCAGUGAACUGUUCUGAUCUUAACUUAAUGUUUUUUCUGGACCAAAAUUAUUUUUUUUCAAAGGAAAGAACUAUUGUAUUCACAUUUGAAAAUGUUUAAUUGAAUAUUAAACUAUGUUAAGAAAGGCACAGAAAGUCAUUAAUGCAAAAAUAAAAUUAAAAAGUGAGAUUUAAAAUAAAGAGUUUCAACAAAUUUAAACAAAAGAUAACAUUAUUAUUUCCUUGUACUUUAAAAAAAAAAAAACUAGAUUCCUUUGAACCAUUGCAGCCAUCUUAGAAUUUUUAAAAGAGGUUGAUCAUUGAAAACAUGCCAGGACCGGUUUGAUGGAAGUCUUUAUAAAUUUGUUGCUCCUACUGAAGUGAAUAUCAGUUUCAUCACUUGUCUUCAAACUGUGUAUUGCAAAUAAAUACUCGGUUUGUGUGAAAUAGAUUUUAAAAAAACUCACCUACAACAUUUUAUUAAAAAUUUGCCAUGUUUGCCAUGCAGGGCUUCGCACAGUCAAUAGGCCAAGGGAUCAUAGCAGCAGAUUAGGCCAGAGGUCUGGUUGGAGGGGAUGGUUUCGUUCCAGCAGGUUUACGGGUAGCGGCCAUUCAGGUCAUCGUGAUAGGGAAGCUCACAUUGCCCCCCCAUUGUUCUCAGGUGACUAUAGAAAUGAUCCCAGGUUUGAAGAGAUAGAGAACAUGUGGCUGAGGUCAGAAGGCAGACAAGGGUCGUCUGCUGACAUUGGUGGUGGUGCUGGCCAAGGUAGUGCCAGACCCUCGGGUCGACCUGGGUCCAGUGCACCUUAUGGCAGGCAGGAUUCCAGUGCAUCUUAUGCCAGGCCAGGAUUCAGUGCAUCUUACAGUAGUUCUGGGGCAAGUGGUGGCUCUCAAGGUUAUCCUACGUUUCCCAGACCAAAAGCCUCAGCACCCCCACCUGAUUACAACACCAACGGAGAAUACACAGGUAAUGUCAACAAUCGCUAGAAAUUGAUAAUAAUGAAAAAAAAGGAAUGCAAAUUAUUCCUGUAUUAUUAGGAAUGACAGUGAUAAAUUUUGUGUAUAGGUUAACUGAAAGUAAAAUGACUAUUUAUUUAAUACUUUUAAACACAAACUAUUUUACAAAAAGUAUGUUUGUGACUCUGUGUGUGUUCCCAUCACCUUGUAGCAAGUGUGUUUGUGACUCUGUGUGUGUUCCCCUCACCUUGAAACAGGUGUGUUUGUGACUCUGUCUGUUCCCGGUUGUCUUGGGGGUCACGUCUUGAUGGCCUUGUUGAGUGCCAAAUUAAUCUUUAUCCACUCUACAUGCACAUCUCUGGCUUGCACCUUGUAGUAGAUAGCAUAAUCAGAUAGCCCCCCCAUAGCCUUUGUAUAUGCCCAUCUCUGGCUUGCACCCUGUAGUAGAUAGCAUAAUCAGAUAGCCCCCCAUAGCCACUCUAUAUGUCCAUCUCUGGCUUGCACCCUGUAGUAGAUAGCAUAAUCAGAUAGCCCCCUAUCAUCCUGGGAAUUUUGUUUUAUAAUUAUGUAAUAAGUCAAUAGCUUUGAGUUAAAUUAUUUAAUAAAAAUCUUUAAUAUCCUGUAUGUAACUUUUUUUGUUUAAAAAAAAAUUUCCCCACACAUUUGGUAUUCAUCCUAACAACUACAAACUAAAGGCUAUUGCUAUUUGUUUGUAGACAGCUUAUUUCAAAUCUCAUGCCUAGAUGACUUCCCCAAAAACAUGGGCUUUACUUUUGUAUCAAGUCAAUUUCACCUGACUUUUAAGCUGGUGAUGACCCUGGACAAAUUUAAACAACAUGGUUGAGUCAAAGUGAGAGAAAACAUUUCCAUUGUAUCACAUCACAAUGGCCAUUACUGAUGUGAUUAUUGUGCAAUAUCAUUAUCAUUAUAUAUCAUUACCGGUAUCUAUUAUAUUAUUAUUAUAUUGUUCUUAUAUAUUAUAUAUCAUUAUUUCAUUAUUAUUUACCAUGCAGAGUUUCAUUUUGAUCCUGCAAGUUCAUGUUAUGAAAUGGACUGGCUGGAAUAAUGAACCUUUUUAUUUUGUUGUUGUUUAAACGCCCCAUCGUCAUGUGAUUAGGCUGAAUGUUAAGAUAAAUCAAUACCAAUGGCUUAAUUUUCAAAGAAGGUGAGCCUCGGUGCUACACUGUUCAUUUCGCCACACUGAGCCUCAGUGCUACACAGUUCCUGUCACCACACAGGUAACUUUUUAUCACCCCGCUCUUAAUUUUGAACUUGUUUUUGCAGAUGGUUUGGAUGAAGAUGAUCAGUACAACCUGGCCAUAAUGGAAAGUAUUGAGAGCAGCAGACAAACAACUCAGGGUCAACAUUCUCCAAGUAAGGGUUCAAUAAUUUAUUUAUCACUGAUUCAUUUAGACGUCAGUCAGUCAGUUUUAACAUUUUUUUUCUUCACCUUAUGAAAUUAUUUCUUUCUUUUUUUUUUCUUCAUGAUUUUGUAGUUUAGUUAAGAAGCACAAUAAUACAACAGUCUCUGCUCAAUUUAAACUGUAAAAUUAGAUGUGAUUGUGUCACCAUUGGACUAGGGUGUCUGCCCCCCCCCCCUCACCCCCUGAGUGGUGUUGGCCAACUCUUGAUUGGAAGCAUUUGCUUCCCAUCCCCUUCUGUGUAGAUGCCUUUGGUUAGGCUAAAUGUUAUGAUAAAUCAAUACAAAUGGCUUAACUUAAAAAGAAAGUGAGUCUUUGUGCCAUAUAGUUCCAGUCACCAAACAGUGAGCCUCUGUGUCACAUAGUUCCAGUCGCCAAACAGUGAGCCUCAGUGGCAUAUAAUUCCAGUCACCAAACAGUGAGCCUUUGGUUAGGCUAAAUGUUAUGAUAAAUCAAUACAAAUGGCUUAACUUAAAAAGAAAGUGAGUCUUGGUGCCAUAUAGUUCCAGUCACCAAACAGUGAGCCUCUGUGUCACAUAGUUCCGGUCACCACACAGUGAGCCUCAGUGCCAUAUAGUUCCAGUCACCAAAAAGUGAGCCUCUGUGUUACAUAGUUCCAGUCACCACACAGUGAGCCUCUGUGCCAUAUAGUUCCAGUCACCAAACAGUGAGCCUCUGUGUCACAUAGUUCCAGUCGCCAAACAGUGAGCCUCAGUGGCAUAUAAUUCCAGUCACCAAACAGUGAGCCUCUGUGUCACAUAGUUCCAGUCACCAAACAGUAAGCCUUGGUGCCAUAUAGUUCCAGUCAUCAAACAGUGAGCCUCUGUGCCAUAUAGUUCCAGUCACCAAACAUUGAGCCUCUGUGUUACAUAGUUCCAGUCACCAAACAGUGAGCCUCUGUGCCAUAUAGUUCCAAUCACCAAACAGUGAGCCUCUGUGCCAUAUAGUUCCAGUCACCAAACAGUGAGCCUCUGUGCCAUAUAGUUCCAGUCACCAAACAGUGAGCCUUGGUGCCACAUAGUUCCAAUCACCAAACAGUGAGCCUCUGUGCCAUAUAGUUCCAGUCACCAAACAGUGAGCCUCUGUGCCAUAUAGUUCCAAUCACCAAACAGUGAGCCUUGGUGCCAUAUAGUUCCAGUCACCAAACAGUGAGCCUUGGUGCCACAUAGUUCCAAUCACCAAACAGUGAGCCUCUGUGCCAUAUAGUUCCAAUCACCAAACAGUGAGCCUUGGUGCCAUAUAGUUCCAAUCACCAAACAGUGAGCCUUGGUGCCAUAUAGUUCCAAUCACCAAACAGUGAGCCUCUGUGCCAUAUAGUUCCAGUCACCAAACAGUGAGCCUUGGUGCCACAUAGUUCCAAUCACCAAACAGUGAGCCUUGGUGCCAUAUAGUUCCAAUCACCAAACAGUGAGCCUCUGUGCCACAUAGUUCCAAUCACCAAACAGUGAGCCUCUGUGCCAUAUAGUUCCAAACACCAAACAGUGAGCCUUGGUGCCAUAUAGUUCCAGUCACCAAACAGUGAGCCUUGGUGCCACAUAGUUCCAAUCACCAAACAGUGAGCCUCUGUGCCAUAUAGUUCCAAUCACCAAACAGUGAGCCUUGGUGCCAUAUAGUUCCAAUCACCAAACAGUGAGCCUCUGUGCCAUAUAGUUCCAAUCACCAAACAGUGAGCCUCUGUGCCAUAUAGUUCCAAUCAUCACUCAGGUAAAUUAUAUAUCGCCCAGCUCUUAAGUUUGACCUUGUUUUUGCAGCUGGUUUGGAUGAAGAUGAUCAGUACAACCUGGCCAUAAUUGAAAGUAUUGAGAGCAGCAGACAAACAACUCAUGGUCAACAUUCUCUGAUUAAGGGUUCAAUGAUUUAUCACUGAUUCAUUUAGAUUUAAUCUUUUUCAGUCAGUUUAAACAUUUUUUUUCUUCAUCUCAUGAAAUUCUUUCUUUCUUUUUUUUCUUCAUGAUUUUGUUGUUAAGUUAAGAAGCACAAUAACACAAGAGUCUCUGCUCAAUUUAAACUGUAAAAUUAGAUGUGAUUGUGUCACCAUUGGACUAGGGUGUCUGCCCCCCCCUGAGUGGUGUUAGCCAACCCUCUUUCCCUAUAGAACUCGUACUUGGUAAAUUUUGUACUGUGUUCUGUACAUUUGGUGUUUAAUUCGGGAGUUCACAAUGAAUAUUGGUAAUACACAAAUUUACAAUUAAAAUAUUGUUAGAACAUUGUUGAUCAUUAAAAAUAUUAUUGAAUGACGAAUGAUAACAUUUUUUGCCAACAGCAAAUUAGAUUAUCCAAAUGCAAUGAUUUUUUUUUUUAGUUAAACCAUAAUUUUUUAUUUCAGUUUUAAUUCUUAAAAUUAUAAAUUUGGCUUGUGGUCAAACAUCAUUUUAAACAAGAGGAUUUGAAUUCAGUUCCCAGCCUAGACAAUUCGAAUACUUUUUUUCCUCCUAACAAGCUUUUAGGUAGUCGGUGUAAGAGCUUUUGGGUAGUCUGUGUCAAGACUUUUCAGUAGUCUGUGAAUAGGAUUUUUGUUUUGUCUGUGAACAGGGUUUUGACUCUGCAUGUUUGGGAACUGAGAAUUUCAAUCUAACUGUAUACACUACUUCUAAAGCCAACUUUUUUUGGAAACAUUUCAUUGGGAUAAAAUGGGAUGGAUGGCCUAUGAACUGGUCACAGGAGAUAUUUAUAAUUUUCUUUGCUAUAGUCUAUAUCAGUGGGGUCCUCAAAUUAUGUCCGAUGGGCCAGAUCCUGUCCUUGCACAUGGGUAACUAGCCUGUUUUGCCACCUCAUGAAUACCCAUGUAGAAAGGGAAAAUAUGAAACUAGACACUGACUAUUUCUUAGCCAAAAGCUGGCCCAUGCUUCACAUUGAAAUACUAAAUAGUCCCAUUCUCCGAUGGGAUCCUGUUCCCUGGUGGAUCUUGUUCCCCAGGGUACCCCCUUCCAAUGAGUACAGUUAAGUUAUCCCAAAGAUAUGGGACCAACUUUGUCCAAGAUCCAUCCCUGCAUGUACAAAGAAUCCAAAAUGUUAUCUAGGCGUUCAACUUAGCUGUACAUAGCUUUGGUAAUUGUAAGGGAACUUUAUUUGGAACUUUACAUAAAAUUUCAAAAAUAUCUUUAAAUCUUGUUUCAUAACAUUUGAGGAAACUUUUUUAAAGUUGUAGAAACAUAAUAAGGCAUUAAGGCAUUUAUAUAAGCCUAAAACUGUUAUAGAAAAUAUCAAUAUAGAACUUUCUAAAAAAUUCUAGAUUUAAUUUAAUUGUGCCUCCCCCUUUUCCCUUUAAACAAAAUCCCCUCUCCCAAAAAUCCCCCCUCUCCCUUCUCGAAACAUUAAAAAUGACUCUUCUACAUUAUCUCUUUUUGAAAAUGACAAAAAAUCUGCAACAAAACACCCAUGAAUAAUACAAUUUUUCAUUCAAGUUAAUGAGCCAGAAUGAUCAGUUCAUUGAUCGUGGGCUCUCAAAAUAUAGAAGACGAAGAGGAGGGGCCCUGCCUGGGACCCAUUCCAUAAGAUGCUGCUUUAGUUAUACCUAAGAUAGGCGGCCCUAUCAAAUAAAUAAUGAAGUUAAAAUUUAAAAAUUGUACCAUUGAAAUCUGUUGAAAAGGGGCGGGAGAUCUAUUAUUUUAAAUUAUCAAACUUUCGGGAAAUUUCUAGACUGUCCACGAAUGUCAUGGAUAUUAUUACUUUUGAAUCCACUGAGCAAUAUUUCAAUACGGAUUUUGAAGGGUAUUGCUGGCAAGCUUGGCCUAGAUCCAUCAUUCAUUUAAAAAUUUGUUGUCUAAGCCUAUUGGUAUUUCUAAAGCUUAUAUAAGAAAAAAAUGAAAUUGUGGCCCGCAGCCUCGUAGAAGUUGAUAAUAUGAUUUCAGUACCUUUCAAUAUUUACACAUGGAUAAUCAAGUGUAUGUGAACUAAGUUUGCACUAAAUCCAUAAACCCAAGCAGUAGCGUAUGUUUUAACUAUUAUUUAUAUGGCUACCAUAUUAUAAGGGGAAAACAGUGGAAUUAGGGGCCCCUGUGAAGUUCAAAACCUCCCAUUAUUUUCACAUCUGGCAAGUAGUUAUAAACAUUAUUUAUACAGAGCGGAUAAAGCAAUGAUAUAAAUGAAGAUUAUAGUUUCCUCUUUCAGGAUUAUAUCCAGAUUUAAGUGAGCUGAGAGCUAAACGGGCCCAUUUCUACAAGUGAAGAACAUCGAAGAUGUUCACAUGAGCAUCCACUCCGCAAACCUCAUUCCAAUGGCUUUAAAGCAGCAUUAUCUGUAACUCUGAUCAAAUCUCAUCAUUAAUCUUCUGCUGAACUGGAUUGUGACUAAAGUGUGACUCUGGAUACAGUCAAAAGAGGACGGCAGUAGCAUCUCAUUCCUUGUCCACAGAAGAACUGUCAGUUCUGGUGCAAAGCUUUUUAUCCUCUCUUGGUCACUUAAAUAAUGUAGUUUCAAUUUUCAGCUUCAUCAGGUAGCUUGUUUGAAAAAAUUCUAUACGGUCAAGUUAUAAAGCAAGGCAGAACUUGACAUUAUAUAUCUACACAGGCCCUGAAGAUUGUGCCACCUAAAUAAGUAAAGAAAACGUUGAAAUCUGUGCCUGUGAUGGGAACAAUAAAAAAACCUUGACGGACAAAUGGCUACUUAUAUUGAGAAUGCAACUUUAACUAGCAACCUGUGAAAUUCCACACCUAUGUUGAAUAAAGAUUCUGAAAAUAAUUAUUUUAUUCAUUCUCAAUCUGGAUUGUUAGAAAAAUGUCCAAAAUUGCUUUGCAAUGAUGAAGCUAUAAAACUCUUUUUUCACAAUUAGCCAGGUUAGCUGAAGAUUCCAUCUCAAAUUGUUAGCCAGGUUAACUGAAGAUUCCAUCUCAUAUUGUUGGCCAGGUUAGCUGAAGAUUCAAUCUCAUAUUGUUGGCCAGGUUAGCUGAAGAUUCAAUCUCAUAUUGUUAUAUUUUUUUUACUUGUCCGGCUUUUAAAAUGUCAGUGUUUUUAAUAAAGAGCAAUCUUCUGCUGCUGACAGUUCAAUAAUCUAUCUUUUGUUCUCAAAUGCAAUACUAUAAUUUAUUUCAACAUCUAUAUGUGAUUGCUAGUUUUUAUAGGCUUUUUAAAAAAUUUAUUUAAUGUAAAUAAAAAUUAACUGAAAGAAUUAAUAUAUCUUUGAUGGCUUUCAAUAUCUUUUUAUCCCUGGACAUCUUUCAUUAAGAAAAAAAAAAAGGAUCAGUGCUUCUAUUUUUUUUAACUGAGUCAAAUUGAGAGCAUGAAAAUAAAUAUUUUAAAUUUCAAAAGUCUGUGAUAAAUUCUUAAACAGAUGGUUUUUUUCAACUCUUCAUUUUUUUUUUUUAAAUUCCAGAAGAAAACAAAAAUUGCCCCCCCCCCCCCAUUAAAUUUACAUACCUUGAAUUUAUUUCAAUCUUUGAUUCAAAUCAUUUAAACAGAUGGUUUUUUUCAACUCUUCAUUUUAUUUUUUUAAAUUCCAGAAAAAAACAAAAAUUGCCCCCCCCCCCCCAUUAAAUUUACAUACCUUGAAUUUAUUUCAAUCUUUGAUUCAAAUCAAAACUCAAAUUAUUUGAAGUGCUUCAAUAAAUGUAAAAAAAAAGACUGCCCUUUUAUGCAGUCCUUCAUUUCACCCAGCUAGUCAACAUGUCAUAUCUCUAUGAGAAUUUCACCGCUAUAAUAAUUUGUGUUAUUUUAUUUCUUUAUUAUAGUAAUAGAAGUAAUUUUUCAACAUGACAAUGUGUAAAUGAUUGUUGAUUUGGGGCUUGCACAUAUAUAAUUGUUGAUAUCAAUUCUUCUUGAUGAAGGUGCUUAAUAUAAUUAUGUGUUCUAUAUAAUAUUAUAUAAAGCCAAACUCACUCUAAAUAUGGGCCAAAAAAAAGGCAUCACAUUUUAUUUAAAGCCUUGUCUUUAGUGGUGGUGGUUGGGGCAGAGGGGAGGGUUGCAUUAUUGGUAAUUUUUGAUAUUUAAAAAAAAAAAAGAUUCACUACGGAAAUGAACAUUUUGGCUCCCACCGUUAUGGUUCUCAUCUUGAACAUAGAAAUAAUGUUUGUGUUCAAAUUUUGUUUAGUAAAAUGUCUUCUUAAAUUCAGAUCAAUUAGCUUGUAGUGAACAAAGGCAAACAGGCUGAAAUAGCUGCUAAGCACUCUAGUUUUUAUGUUUAAAAAAAAACUAAUUAGAAGGAUGAAAAUUCCUUAACAGAAACUAUACUAAAGGCUACUAGUGGCCCUAGUGAUAAAAACACUUAAAAUUUAAAUACAUUAAAAUACAGCGAACCCCUGUGGAAGGGUGGGAGACUGAUAUUUUUGUGUUUUACAAACAAACAAAAAAAAUGACAAAAGUGAGUCAAAUACUUUUUUAGCUUAUUGCUAAUGUAUUUUUAGGUGCGGAGAUGUGUGGAGACCUGCUCCAUAGUUUACUUAAACAAGUUGAACAUUAUCACGAUCAAGGCUUUCAACAUCUUGUAACACAUUUUGUCGAAUUGGAGCAAAAUUAGAACUGAACAUAAGCAUAUGCAUUGGCGUCAUAUUUUUAAACUUUUUUUUACAAUAUUUUUAUGCUCGAUAUAUAAGGAAAUUAGAUUUAAGGCAACUCUUUAGAUUCAAAUUUUGUAAUUUGCAUUUUAAAUUGAUUCUUUACAUUGAAUGUAUAGUUGUUUAUUUUUGAAACACUAUGAACCCAUGACAUGUGCAACAAAAUAUUAUUGCCACCAUUAAAAAAAUUUAAAA